AUGAAUUCUCAGAAGAGAGAAAGAACUAAGCUCAAAGGUGAAUACAAGGAAAGUAUGAUAGUAAUUAGCUCCAGAAUCAGCUACGAUCCACCUCCGCGUAUCUCGCCACGUGCAGCUAACAAUCCCGGUGAUCUCGGACCAGACCGGAUUCGAAGGAGAUCUUCUUUGACUUCGUCUUUCGUCGCGGUGCCGACCUGGUCCUCGAUCGAGCUGGAGCUCGUCUUUACGUCGACCGGAAUAGCUCGGAUGGCGGUUAACUGGCCUACGAGGGAGUCGCUUGGUGGGCUCGAGGUCUUCUUGCUGGGCUUAGGUGGGCCUGGACUUCAAUCUUGGAUCAAGGUAAUGGGCCCUUAUGGGCUAGAUUCCAGGUGUGGAAUCUGGGUCCAACAAUAG